AUGCACGUAGUGACAGACACACUCAAUGAAUUCAAAAUCAUGGACAAAAGAAGGUUUUCCCACCAAUUUGUCAAUCUCUGCUUAGUUAUAGCGACAGCACUGAUGACUUGGAAAGGGUUUAUGAUUUCUUUCAAUACUGAGAGUCCAAUUGUAGUUGUGCUGAGUGGGUCUAUGGAGCCGGCUUAUUACAGAGGAGAUAUUUUGUUUUUGGAGAUGUGGAAUUACCCUCCGUUGCAACCUGGAGAUGUCGUUGUUUAUAAGCUAGGUGACCGUGACAUUCCGAUAGUUCAUAGAAUUAUGAAUCUCCAUGAAGAAGAUGAUGAUUAUUAUAUAUUGACGAAAGGAGAUAACAAUAAAGUUAAUGACAGAGGAUUAUACACGCCUGGCAGUUAUUCAUACUUAGAUUUAGACUUAUAUUAUUAAAUUUAAACUCACCUAUAGUUGUGCCUCAAGUGCACACGACCAUAGGGUCCAUUUUUCAUCGGCUUGGCUGCUCACCUUGAUUUUAAGCAAGGCAUGUCGACAAAGUUCACUCCUCAUAGCCUUAAUAAGGUGAUUUGAAUGCUCAGAAGUCCGGACCAAUUGCAGCUUGGCGCGUUGUUUUGCUCUAUCCGAAUUUCCUGUUUGACCUAAAUCCCCAUUUUCCGUGGAUAAUUUUUUUUGGAAAUUUAAAAAAAUCCCGUUCGCAAAAAUUAGAAGGCAAAUAUUAGUUUAAUUUGUAAAGCUUAUGCUUUUAAAAUGCAAGGUAUUUAAAAUUAAACAGAAUUAGCUUGAGAUUUCAUUAUAAUAAAUACCACUUAUAUAUAAGUUUUUUUUAUAAAACAUUUUUAAUUUCAAAAAUUUUUUUGCGCUCUUGAAGGGACUUUAUUAAUGGUUUUGCUCUCUAGCGGAGAUGGAGUAAGGGUUUUGCCUUUAUCAGGCAGUGGAACGAGGUAAAAUACGAUGCUUGUAGAUUGCGAAGUAAGAAAAUUUUCUCUAUUUCUUCUCUGUAAGACAGAAGUGUACUUUUAAAAGUAUAAUAAAGGAAAAGAAUUCAUAGUGUGAAUUAUUUUCUUAUCCAAAGCAAUUUUAUAUUAUUAUAGAGCAGUUAUUCAUACAGAAAAAAGAUCUUUUAGGAAGAACUUGGUUUUACAUACCUUAUGUAGGGAUAAUUACGAUAUGACUUGCCGAUUAUCCAAUUUUGAAAUAUUUAUUGAUAGGUGGUAUGGUAAUUAUUGGCUUGACAUCACGAGAACCUCAAAGUUAA